UUUCCUUCCUUUUUCAUCACUUAGCAUUCGCAACACAUUUUUAUCUCGAUGAUUUCAUGUCCGCAUACAAAGAACACAAACAAACAUGAUGUCAUUUUCGCGUGACUUAUCUUUCCUCACUGUUUGAACCGUUGACCGCUGUUUGGAACUUGAAAAGAAUCUACCGUUAUUGCCAUCACUUCUAAUGAGGCUUUUCAAUAAGGCAUGGAGAUUACUCCUGUAUUCUGGUUGAAGUGAUGGAUCUGCCGUAAAUUGGUUGUAAGCUGGUGGGGUUUGUAAGCAUGUAGUUGGGUAUACGUAUGGAAAUAGUGGGGUAUACAUAUAUGGAAAUAGUGGGAUUUAUAUGAAUGCUAUCUAGUAAUUUCUGUUUCACUUCGUUUGAUGAGGAUCUGUUUUCGUUUCUUGAGUUUUUGCUCUACUCGAUGUAAAACAUCUGUAUCGAACACUUUUCAAAAUAUAUUAGAUAUGUCGUUUUUCGAUUAAUAACUCUGCAUUUGUAUUAUUUUAUCGGACAAAACCGAAUGAGCAUAGGUCUUUGGACGCCGAUCCAAACCAUUUUUAAGAAAACCCGGACCAUAUUAGAAUGGGUUGGGUGAACAUUACUCCACAAUCCAAUUUGUUUAGCCGCAUCAUCGCCAUUUUUGUUAAUUCUUCAUAUUCCGAGGAAUUUUUUGGUUGAUUUAUUUAUAUAGGUGUAAGGCGACUGGAAAUGAAUGUAGGUAGAAAGUAUUUCGCCGCCGGUCUGAUUGGCCUCGCAAUAUCCGACCGUUAUGCCAGCUUAAUGGUUGUUCGUGGUUGCUCCGUGGCUCCCACUUUCAAUCCCUACGAGCAAAAAUCCAGUUGAUCUGUAUUAGGUCAAUUUGCUAUUUUCUAUUUUUAUUUACAUUUUGUUUUCCUACACCCGAAGUAUUAAGCAUUUUCGCUUGAAUGUGUGUUCGCUUCUAUUGCAGAUGACUACGUCUUGGUCGAGAAGUUAUGCCUUGACAGAUACGAGUUCUUGCGCGGUGAUAUGGUUCUUUAUCGAUGACUACGUCUUGGUCGAGAAGCUAUGCCUCGACAAAUACGAGAUCGUGCGGGAUGAUGUUGUUGUUUUUCGUUCACCGAGUAAUUACAAAGAGAAAAAUGUAAAGAGGAUUACUGCCGUUCCAGGUGACUCUGUUCAUCUCCCUUCAUUUAACACUGUGAGGAUUCCAGCAGGGCAUUGUUGGGUUGAAGAAGACAAUUCAGCUUGUAGCAUAGACUCGAGAUCAUUUGGCCCCCUUAAUCAGAAAAACAAUUCAGGAUACACCUGGCAUUUCGUCUUCAUAUACUGUGUUUGUAUCGACAUGGCUGGGCAGUACUUUAAAAGAUCGUGGUAA